CGUGUGAACGCGCGAGGGAAGCUGCUGUGCGCAGGAGCUGGCGGGGGAGGCGAAGAGGCAGGCGGGGAAGGCGCCGGCUCUUGCUUCUCCUGUUGCCGGGGAGCCGGACGCCCCUGCCCUGCGCCCCCCCCGGGAGGCUCCGCGGAGGGCGCCCGUGGGCCCGGGGCGCCCUGGACCCACUGAAGAGGCACCGCCGCGAGAAGAGGCGCACCAGCGGGUCCCGCCCCGUCCCAGCGCCGGACUCCUCCUGGGCUCCGCAAAAUGCGCGGCAAGGGCAGGAAAGACAGCCUCGCCGACUCCCGCGACCUCGACGGCUCGUACGACCAGCUGACGGGCAACCCACCUGGCCAUGCUAAAAAAGCCCUGAAGCAGCGGUUCCUCAAGCUGCUGCCCUGCUGCCGCCAGCCCAAAUCCAUCCCCUCAAUCAGUGAAAACAGUGUAGAGGAUGAAUUUGAACUCUCCACCGUGUGUCAUCGGCCCGAGGGCCUGGACCAACUGCAGGAGCAAACCAAGUUCACCCGCAAGGAACUGCAGGUCUUGUACAGGGGCUUCAAAAAUGAGUGCCCUACUGGCAUUGUUAAUGAAGACAGCUUCAAGCAGAUCUAUUCACAGUUCUUCCCACAAGGAGAUUCCAGUACAUAUGCAACUUUUCUUUUCAACGCAUUUGACACUGACCAUGACGGCUCUGUCAGUUUUGAGGAUUUUGCGGCUGGCUUGUCCGUCAUUCUACGUGGCACUAUAGAAGACCGGCUUAAUUGGGCUUUUAACCUCUAUGACCUGAACAAAGAUGGCUGCAUUACCAAAGAUGAAAUGUUGGACAUAAUGAAAUCCAUUUAUGACAUGAUGGGCAAAUACACAUAUCCGGCCAUGCAAGAAGAGGCCCCGCAAGAACAUGUGGAAAGUUUCUUCCAGAAAAUGGACCGGAACAAGGAUGGUGUUGUGACCAUUGAGGAAUUCAUUGAGUCGUGCCAGAAGGAUGAAAACAUCAUGAGUUCCAUGAAGCUCUUUGACAACGUGAUCUAGCUAGCCAGUCUGGGAGCCCAGACAUUCACAAACCCCCCCAAGGGCCUCUCUUUUUGGCAUAGUCCCGAGGUGCUCUCCUUUUGCCUGUCGGGACAAAACAGCCCCAGCUCUUGUCCACGUUGUAUUGGACAACUUCGUGGAGAAAAUCCUCAUGUAUACCAGACACAACUGGAGAGACAACCCUGCACUCCAGGUGGGGAGGCUUCAGCUGGAUUGUUCUGGGCCUGAAAGAAGAAGAGGUGCCUGGCAUCUACAAGCAUUUUCUCUGGGCAUUGGGGGGAAAACCCUAAGCACCAACCCCCAGGAAACAGCACUUUCCUGUCACAAAGUCAUGUGCUUGCCCUCAAGGGCCUUCCAAAUCAGCAACCCCCUCGGGCCCUCACUGGGAUUCCACAUGGGUUUUACACGAUGAGAUAGCAAUGCAAACACUGACCACCAAGGACUCAUGAAUGUUUUGGUGUAUCUACAAGCCUACAGACUUGCUGUAGGGAGAGGACUCCAUCUGAUCUGCACCUUGGCUCCCACCGCACCCUAAGGCUUCCUCCAUGGAGAGACAUCUCCUGGUGUCAAGGCACCUCGCAGUCCCUGCACUAAACUCAGUUGUAUGCUUUGCAAUUUUUGAAGUGGAGCUGCAGAAGGGAAGAAGAUAGUGGUGGGUGGGAUUUUGCCUUCUGGUUUCUCCAUUGGCAUUUUUGGCAGACCAGGGAUGCCGCAUCACCCAAGAGAGGCAGGUGUCACAGAACCUCUAGGCUUCAUUCCGGAAUUAGGAAAAAAGGAGUUUGUAUCCAGCUGCUUGCUGGAGGAGCAGAUAGCCCAGUAACUAGGUUGGUGACUUUUCCUGCAAGAUCCUCUGCCCUUCCAAUAGAAAUGACAUGGAUGAGGGGAGGGGAGAUCUCACUGGAAACACUCAAUCCAUAAUACUGCCUAAAGCUGUUUCUGUGUGGCCUCACUUUGUUUCCAACUGUACAGGAUUAACUUCUUGUCUCAAAUAAUAUUUCUGAUUUGUGAAGCACCUUCAGUAAUUAGAUAUGAUAGAGAAAACAGAUGUCAGGAGAGCAGAAGUCCCUUAGUGCGACUUGGGGAUUGGUCAAGAAUUAUAGGUGAUUCUGUGCCCAUCUUCAUGAGAAGACACACAGGUACUGGGCUCUAGGAAACCACAGAGUUCUGCUAAUUGAGGCUUGACUGGAACUAGGUGCACUGACUGAAUAAAAAUUUAGUUUCACAAAGUGAUCAGACAAUGUGAUUAUACUGCACGGUAGGAGUAAAAAGGCAUUCCUAUGAGAGGGACUUGUAAAGAAAGGCCAUAGGAGAGUCUCUGCUACUCAUGCCCUUUGCCACAUAUUUCUCCUUCUUGCUCAGAAGUCUAAUGGUUUCUGUUUGGAAGCUCCUCAACUCUCUGUGUUGCCAUCCCUUUCCAACUGACAUCCUCAAAUAAAGAAACAGUUAAGCCCUUCGGGAGCAUAUAAUAAGCAGCUAGCAAUUUCAGAGCUGCAUUAGGGCCCUCCAACAGAGCAUUCAGAAUAUAAUAGCCACUGUUUCAGAAGGUCACAGAAAGCCCCCAUCUCAAGCAAUUAUUGGCAUCAGUGUAACAGCCAAUCAGGAUAAGAAUACUGAAAGGGAAAAAAACCAGGAUUACCACCCUGAGGUACACAAAGUAUUUGGAAGAGUCAAAGAUGACACUAAAAGCCCAUCAUGUGGGACUGUUGAUCUACAGUAAAGGCAGAGAAUACUGAACUAACUGGGAGCUGAGGAAUCACAACUAGUGGCAAUAUUUAGAUGACAGAAACAAAUGUUAUCUGUCCUACCGGUAGCCUAUGUAGCUGCCCCCACUGAACACAAGUUCAUCCUACUCAUACUGUUCUUACUUUCCUGAGCUCCAUUGAAGUCUAUUGUCUCUACAUCCUAACCACCAACUCUCCUACUUUUGAUUCCUUACACACAAUCACAACUCCAAGGAAGUGCUUAGUGGAUGCUUCAUGGCCCAAAUGGAGAAGGGUCCCUGUUUGGAGUGUUUUCAAAUAAAAUGUGUGAUUUAGGAGGGAUUCCUCUGGCAGUGAAUGACAGAUUGGCAUGAGGCUGAAAGGAACUGGCUGGCUCAGGAGUCACUAGCUAUGCAAACAGACUUCCAAGUGCACUGGAGCUCCUGUGCGGCUCUUCCCUUCCUGAGACUGCCACCGCCUCUUGCAAUCUGCCUAGUUACUGAAGAAUCCCUCUUUAUAUAGACUAGAUUUGUGCUUUAAGGAUAACAGAUGAACUAGGCCUUGAGGCAAGGGUAGCGUUUCUACCAUUAAUAAAUUUAAACAAAGGAACCAACUCCCAUUACCCAGUCCCAUCGUCUCAGGACUUUUCACAGCAUUUUUAAAGCCCUUCUCCCCUCCCUCCCCUUUAACUAGGGCUACCCCACCCAGACUGCUGAAUGAUCAAGCCACUCACAAUACUCGACCCCUUUUUAAUCUUCCUCACCCCAGUACCUCCUACACGUACACUUUGUGAACAAAAACCAGCAUCUGUUGCACUCCUUGUCAUCAACUAUUUAUUUAUUUAAAUAUUCUUACCCUGCUUUGGGUUUUGGGCAUACAUGCCAGUCCCCAUAAGGAACAUUCCCUUGGCUCCCACAACUUGGAUCUUUGCCAUUCACAGUCCUCAUUGGGGCGAUCUUGUCCAGACAACCUCAGUCUCAAGAACAAUCACCAAUGUCUCUCAUGCCCUCAGACCUAGAACAGAAGCACACCAGAGCGUGAGGUAGUAUUACUGCUCUCUCAAGACUCUCUCCAAUGGCUACUCCGAAUACCUCAGAGUUGCCCUACUGACAUGUAGCCACACGAGUUGCUUCUUGCUCAAUGAAGUGUGCAUCAGAUGAUGACUGGGGUUAGUCCACGUGUUAUUGUUGCCUGUUUAAGUAAUUUGAAACAGCUCACUCAGUGGCCAUAAAGUGGAUCAUUCCCAUUUGACAGAAAAUGUCCAUACUGCCACCACCAGAAAUUACUUGAGCAGAGCGUUUCAUAUCUUAUUGCCAAUGAUGAAGUCAACUUUCUGUGAAGGCAGCUGCAAGUUUUAUGCGUGCAGUGCCAUAGUGGUUAAACUGUCCCUGUGAAUUGGAGCCAAGAUGUUGGCCUGACAGCAACUGCUGACAGCUAUCUGUUUGGGGAGGGGUGGGGUGCUGGUAUAAGAUAGUCUCCUUUGGCAAGUAGCUGACUCUUGUGAGGUAGUAAAGGUGAUACACCCCAUAUAGUAUUGCUCCUUCAAGGUAUAAAACAGCCGAGUUUUUCCUAAUAAAUUUGUAACUCAUCCAUUACCAACAGUCCAAUCCGGAGAGGGGGCAAUUACACUGUGGGAGCAGUAAAGGGCACUCAUGCCAGAAGAGAAAACAAAAAGGCUGGCAUCCUGCUGCCCCACAGUGGGCAAACCCAGGAGUCAAGGCUGCCACAGAGCUUUGCUGGCAUUCAAGCAGAUCCCAGCAUGGGCGGGGAGGCUGGGGCAUUCCUGGGGGUGGAGCUGAGUUUAGCCAUUUCCCACCAGCAUUCCAGCCUGAGAACGCUGGCAUCCAGCCCUGCACACUUACACGGCACAAAAGCGCAGCAUAAGCCUGUUUGUUCUAUAAGAUGCUUUGGGUGGCUGGUGGGAUUUAAACUUUCCAUCCUUUCUGCACUGCCCAAAGCCCCUGUGGAGGCAGUUGUGACGCUGCAGUUCCUGGCCAUCUCCAUGCACCCCUCCCCAUAUGGAUUGGUGUGUAAGGAUCCAAGGUGUUCUUCUGGAACAGGGAAGCAAAUUCCUGGCAUUCCUGCUUAUAGGCUAAAUAGGUAAAGCAACAAAUGGGAAGUGCUGAAAACAGAACGAGGAAAGCACUGGGUAGCAGGCAGAAUAAAACCUAGAAUCUAACCUCUCCUGCAUUUUCUAGAAAAGCCUAGUCUCAAAAUUUCACAUAACAAGUUGAGAAUUUGUGCUAAUGGGACUGAUGCAAGGAACUGUCUUUGAACUAAGUUAGGCAGUCCUGAGUUGAAUGAAUCCCUGGCCUAUCAUUUCCAAAUUCACAGGCACAAUUCCGCUCCCACCCACCCCCACCCCAGCCUUCCUGAGAUCCUUUAAGAUAAACUGUGCAUCUUCUACAAGCAUAUCUAUAGCCAGAUCCCUGAAAUAGACUACUGUUUCCUGUGCCUGGGCCAGAAUCAGCCUUAGGCCUACCAGAAACAGCUAGAAACAGAGGAGGAACACCCCCUCAGUUACUCCACCACACAUAAUGAAGCCUCCCACCAGUCCAAACCAUGCAUUCCCAGGUUGAGACAAGGGCUUCUAUUCCCUUUCUGAUAAUAUAAUCUUAGGGGGUUUUAUAUUGAGAAAGUCUGUUUUAAAUUCUGUACUCAACAUAAUUUCUAACGCAGAUUUGCCCCCUUGACAGCCUUGAAGCAAAACUUUUACAAUCAGGCUGGCUAGACUGAUAAAACAGUGGAUUUCCUUACCCCAUCUUAGUGCAUGUUAAUGGGUAAAGUGGGAUUUUCAGUCUACAUUAGUUGUGAUGAGUACAGAAUUAUUCUAAAAUAAUGAAAACAAAGUAGGAGGGUGUAAUCUUUCCAUCUGGCGUUAGGCUCUCCUUCCUGCCAUAUUGGUUCCACCUAGAUCAUGCCUCAACUCUGCAAAGCUCAUAUCCCAACUCAUCUCUGACCUCCUCACAGAUUGUUCUUUGGUCUCAAUCUGUUUCCAUGCUGAUUGUUGCUUCUCUUAAUCUGAGAGCAGUCCAAAAGUGGAUGGAAUUGUCCACUGGGGAAACAAGGCACUUGAUGCUGUCUACUGCUCCCUUCCUCACUCAUAUGCCAGCUGCAUCUCUCCGUCUGUGUUCUCACUGCAGUCACUGGGCUGGGGACCAGACAACCCAGUCUGACCACACUGGUGGGGCACAUCAGGCUCUGUUAUCUGCUUUGUGUUUUCAACUCUGUAUAUUUUGUAUAAUAACAAAGAUCAAAUGACAAUAAAUGCAACCACAAUGGCUAUGCACUAA